AUGCGCCGUCAACACUUAUCGCACCGCCAUCGGCAUCUCAGAGCUCUCAAGCAGUCAGCCCACCAGCCAACAAGUCCUGCCAACCUCUGCGCCAGCCGGAACAGAUGGUCCCUUGAGCACCGCUCAGCCUUCCGUAAGACCCGAUUCCCCCUCCGUGAGCAGACCGAGACCGGAAGAAUCUGCAUCGGCACGGAUCAGCGACAAUCCGUCGCCGAUUUCCCGGCAGGAACCGCAGGGUUCUACGCCGCCGAACUCAUCCGACGGAGCAAGGAUCCAAGGAGGGCCAACUACGCCCGCAGGAGUGCCAGCCGUGUCAUCGAGAGAGCCCGUCGUGUCAUCGAGAGAGCCCGCCGUGUCUUCGAGAGAGCCCGCCGUGUCUUCGAGAGAGCCCGCUGUGGCACCCGGGUGCAGUCUAACUCGCCACAAGAACCUUCCGGCAGCAUAGCAUCUGGCCAGGAACAGCCCUCAAUUGCUGCUACCACUGUUGGGCCCCAGGUUUCCGGGGUUCGUGGGGUAAACGGCACCAUCGGAACCGCUUCCGCCGGGUCAUCCGGAGCCGGCUCACCCGGGGCCGAUGGGGCCACCAACACGGGCUUGUCUCCUGAGCUCGCCACGACGGUCGCCUUCGCCGCCCAGCCCUCGGACGCCUUCCGUGCCGUCAACGAGACAGCCAUCGAGGCCACGCCCGAGUCCACCGAGCCAACGCCGCCCGACGUGUCGAGCCCCGACCAGCUCCACGCCGAGCUCACCGUCAACAUCCCCGAGAAGGCCAUCAACGAGAAGAACGCCAAGGCCAUCGCCGUGCUCGAGACGGCCUACUUCGAGUACUUCGUCAACAAAGAUCCGGCGCCCGUCGACAAGGGCAAGAUCUCCAUCCCCGACGUCAUCUCGCAGUGCCAGAACAAGUACUCGGAGAAGCUGACUAGGCGCAAGGGCCUCGUCGACGAGGUGCUGGACUGGGUGCCGCUCUUGUCGAGGGACCUGCGGGGCUUCCAGAACUGCAGGGCCGUCGAUUCGCUGGAGGUCGGCGUCUACUUCCACUACAUGAGGGCUUCCAGCACGGCCGAGCGACCUAACGAGCUGGAGUCCAGGGUCGACACCCUCAACGAGGCGUUGGGCGCGGUCAAGAUCAACUUCCGCUUCAUGGCGCUCAACUGGUGGGAGCCAAAGGCAAACGAGGACUGGUCGAAGGUCACGCGGCACGAAGGCAAGCUGGAGGAAUGGCAGCGUCGCACCCGCGCCCCAGGCAAGCUGGUGCUCACCGUCUGGAUCGUGAACGGACUCCGCACUAGUCAGAAGGACAACCAGGAGCUGAACAGUUAUGCCACGUUUCCCAACGAAAAGCUUGACGAGGCCGACGGCAUUGUUAUCGAAGAGGCUCGCGUCCAGGGCGGCGAUGCCACGACGCUCAUCCAUGAUGUCGGCCACUGGCUCGGCCUGGGCCACACCUUUGACGUCGCCAACCAGGAGUGCGUCGUCCAAGACGGCUUGACCAAUGCCACGCAAACCUCGGGGAACCGCGACGUCCUAUAUCAGUGCUCGCAGGUGACCUGUGCCGGCGGACCAGCCAUCGAGAUCAACAAUUACAUGAGCUACUCUUCGUGCCGCGGCAAGACGCCACGGGACGGCUUCACCACGGACCAGAAGGCGCGCAUGUUUGCGAACGCCCUCCAGUUCCGCCGCGGGUACGAGACGGGCGAGUGCAUGCCGGACGGGACGGCUGCCGUAAAGAAGCGGUCCAGCAUGCAAGAUUUACUGGAGGGCAAGUGUCCAGACGUCGACAAGCAGGCCAACAUCCUGAUGAACACGCCGCACAGCCCGGCGGCCACGGUCGAGCGUUCUUGGAGCAAGCUCUGGGCCGGUUUGGCGGCGCCGUGGGUCUUGAUGACGUUCUUCUGA